CAGUGUGGAAAGAGUUUUAAUCAACAGAGUUAUCUCAAAACACACAAGUGCAUUCACACUGGAGAGAGACCAUAUCAGUGCUCACAGUGUGGAAAGAGUUUUAAUCGACAGAGUGCUCUCAAAAUACCCCAGCGCAUUCACACUGGAGAGAGACCAUAUCAGUGCUCACAGUGUGGAAAGAGUUUUAAUCGACAGAGUGCUCUCAAAAUACACCAGCGCAUUCACACUGGAGAGAAACCAUAUCAGUGCUCACAGUGUGGAAAGAGUUUUAAUCAACAGAGUUAUCUCAAAACACACAAGUGCAUUCACACUGGAGAGAGACUAUAUCAGUGCUCACAGUGUGGAAAGAGUUUUAAUCGACAGAGUGCUUUGAAAAGACACCAGCACAUUCACACUGGAGAGAAACCAUAUCAGUGCUCACAGUGUGGAAAGAGUUUUAAUGGACAGAGUGAUCUGAAAAGACACCAGCACAUUCACACGGGAGAGAAACCGUAUCAGUGCUCACAGUGUGGAAAGGGUUUUAAUAGACAGAGUGCUCUCAAAACACACAAUCACAUUCACACUGGAGAGAAAGCAUAUCAGUGCUCACAGUGUGGAAAGAGUUUUAAUGGACAGAGUAAUCUCAAAAUACACCAGCGCAUUCACACUGGAGAGAAACAAAACGUCUGCUCACAGUGUGGGAAGAGCUUCAGGUGCCUGAGUCAUCUCAAAAUACACCAGCGCAUUCACACAGGAGAGAAACCGUAUCAGUGCUCACAGUGUGGGAAGAGCUUCAGGACCCGGAGUGCUCUCAAAACUCACCAGCGCAUUCACACUGGAGAGAAGCCAUAUCAGUGCUCACAGUGUGGAAAGAGUUUUAAUAUACAGAGUUAUCUCAAAAUACACCAGCGCAUUCACACUGGAGAUAAACCAUAUCAGUGCUCACAGUGUGGAAAGAGUUUUAAUAGACAGAGUGAGCUCAAAAUACACCAGCGCAUUUACACUGGAGAGAAACCGUAUCAGUGCUCACAGUGUGAAAAGAGUUUUAAUACACUGAGUGCUCUCAAAAUACACCAGCGCAUUCACACUGGAGAGAAACCGUAUCAGUGCUCACAGUGUGGAAAGAGUUUUAAUAUAAAAAGUGAUCUGAAAAAACACCAGCGCAUUCACACUGGAGAGAAACCGUAUCAGUGCUCAAAGUGUGAGAAGAGUUUUAACAGACAGGAAUCUCUCAAAAGACACCAGCGCAUUCACACUGGAGAGAAACCGUAUCAGUGCUCACAGUGUGCGAAGACUUUUAAUGAACAGACUAAUCUCAAAAUACACCAGCGCACUCACACUGGAAAUAAACCAUAUCAGUGCUCACAGUGUUCAAAGGAGGACAGGAAGGAGGACAGGAAGGAGGACAGGAAGUCAGAUUACCUGAUUGGCUUACAGCUGUAA